GUUAUACAAUAGGUUAAUUUCUUCGUAUAUCGAAUAGUUUCUUGUUUGUUUGUUUGUUUGUUUAUUUAUUUUUUUAAUACGUUUAAAAGAAAAACGAAUUAUCCUGGAUAAGUAGUAAUACACAUUCUUUGCAGAUGAUCUAUCAAAAACAUUUCAUUCAUAUAUUAAGAAAAAAUGUGAAUCAAAUAAAUUUAUCAUUUGUACGUUAUGCAAAACCAUUUAAAAAGAAAUGGAUGUUUUCAUCACAUCAUAGUUCACAUUCGAAUGAACUUGCUUUAGAAUAUUUUGAUUUUGCUUAUCCACUUAUAUUUCAUCGUCAUUGGCCAUCUAUACGUCUUGCAUUACUUAGUUUACCUAAACCUGUAGCGUUAAUUAAUCCAUAUUCACUUUCAAAUAAAAAUGUUAGAGAAAAAUUAAUUGAACAAGGUGCAGUUGAUAUGUUAAGAUUUGAUAAUACAAAAUUACGUGAAGAUUCUAAUCUAAUUCGAGAGAAAAUUGGAAAAAAUGAUGAAGAAUAUGGAAUAAAAAAAUUGCUGGAACAAAAAGAAAAUCGAAGAUUAUUAGGUACAAGUGAUUUAGUUGAUGAACAACAAGAAGACAUUGAUGAAGAAAUUGAUGAGGAUGAUGAUAUAAAUACAUUUAAUCAACCAAAUCCUGUUAAAACACUCGACGAAAUAUAUAAACAAGCAUUAGAACAACAGGUUCAAUCUGUUAUUAAAGGAAAUGUUGUAUCUAUUGUUGAUGAUGAUAAAGAACGAGAUUAUCAAAAAAUUCCUCCAUCAUGGCAUGUUUAUACUUUUCCACGUAGUAAUAUGUCAAGAUUUGAACCAUCUAAAACUGAUGAAUCAGGUUUAUUGGAUUAUUAUUGUAUGGAUGGAGCUUGUGUUCUUCCAAUAGUUGCACUUGAUGUUCAACCAUUUCAUUCAGUACUUGAUUUAUGUUCAGCACCUGGUGGAAAAGCAUUAAAUAUUUUUCAUAUGUGUCCUUAUAUUCAUUUAACAUGUAAUGAUAUUGAUAAUUCACGUUCGAAACGUUUAACAGAUGUUUUUAAUCAAAUGAUACCAAAAGAUACAUUAACUAAAUAUAUUCGAUUUGUUAAAGGAGAUGGUUGUUUAUUUGGUCAGAAUGAACCUGCAAGUUUUGAUCGAGUACUUGUUGAUGUACCAUGUACUAGUGAUCGUCAUUCAUUAACAACUGCAUUUAAUAUAUUUUCAAAAAAACGUAUCCAAGAACGAGUUGAUUUGCCUGGUUAUCAACAAAAAUUAUUAGAAUCUGCUAUUCGAGCAUGUAAACCAGGCGGUAUUGUUGUUUAUUCAACAUGUACAUUAGCACCUAUUCAAAAUGAAGGUGUAGUUGAACGAGCUAUUGAAAAUUUAGCAUUAUCAUCAUCAUCAUCUUCAAAUAAAAAACAUCGUAAACAUAAACACAAUGAUCCAAUUACAUGUGAAAUUAUUUCAACACAAUCAUUAGAGAAACAUUAUGCAUAUUUUUUUGAAUUUCAUUCUAAAAUACGUUAUGGUAGUCUUGUUUUGCCGCAUAUUUCAAAUAAUUUUGGUCCAUUAUAUUUUUGUAAAAUUCGAAGAAUUAGUUGA